AUGACCGCAGCCCGGCAGAGACGCCCGCUGUGCUGUGUUGCAGUGCAUGGCUCCCGGCCCGGCAAGAACGUGCAGAUGACGGAGCGUGAGAUCCGGGACCUCUGCCACAUGGCGCGGGAAAUCUUCCUGAGCCAGCCCAUCCUGCUGGAGCUGGAGCUGCUCCCUCAUCUCCCGCCCGCCCCAGGUGACAUCCAUGGGCAGUACUGCGACCUGCUGCGGCUCUUCGAGUCCGGGGGCUUCCCGCCUGAGAGCAACUACCUCUUCCUGGGCGACUACGUGGACCGGGGCAAGCAGUCGCUGGAGACCAUCUGCCUCCUGCUGGCCUACAAGCUCAAAUACCCCGAGAACUUCUUCCUGCUGCGCGGCAACCACGAAUGCCCCAGCAUCAACCGCCUCUACGGCUUCUACGACGAGUGCAAGCGGCGUUACAACAUCAAGCUGUGGAAGACGUUCACCGACUGCUUCAACUGCCUGCCCGUCGCCGCUAUUGUGGACGAGAAGAUCUUCUGCUGCCAUGGAGGGCUCUCGCCAGACCUGCAGUCAAUGGAGCAGAUCCGCCGGAUCAUGCGCCCCACAGACGUGCCGGAUCAGGGCCUGCUAUGCGACCUCCUCUGGUCCGACCCCGACAAGGAUGUCCAGGGCUGGGGCGAGAACGAUCGCGGCGUCUCCUUCACCUUCGGCUCUGACGUGGUCGCCAAGUUCCUGCACAAACACGACCUGGACUUUAUCUGUCGGGCACACCAGGUGGUGGAGGAUGGUUACGAGUUCUUUGCCAAGCGCCAGCUGGUGACGCUCUUCUCAGCCCCCAACUACUGCGGCGAGUUUGACAACGCGGGCGCCAUGAUGAGUGUGGACGAGACGCUCAUGUGCUCCUUCCAGAUCCUGAAACCGGCUGACAAGACCAAGGGCAAGUACGGGCAGUUCAGUGGCGUGAACCCCGGUGGGCGCCCUGUCACCCCCCCGCGCAACGCGGCCAAGGCCAAGAAGUAG